AUGGUUCGAGCCUUGGAACAAGAGCAGGAAAGUUAUAGGUCUAGAUUGUUUCAUUUCAAAGGGCUGCAUGACAAUGCUAGCAGACAUGCUAAGAGUUUGAGCAUUGAGAGUGCUAGUAAAUUAGAAGAUCCUGCAAUGGAAGAUGGGAGUUUGUUUAGGAUUGCUUCAAAAGCUCGAAGCGAUCAACCUCCGCCUGAAAAACCACAUCUUGGUAGGGUUAUUACUCGAACUGAUAGGGUGGAAGCUCCCAAUAUUCCCAAGUCUCGCCUUUGCAAGGAAGAUACUGUGGAUUCAUCUCAAAAUAUGGAAAAACUCCAACAGGAUAUGGAGCAAAUGAAGGAAAGGUUUGCUAAAUUGCUUCUGGGAGAGGAUAUGUCUGGUGGCGGAAAGGGUGUUUCAUCAGCUUUGGCAUUGUCGAAUGCCAUUACAAACCUUGCAGCUUCUGCAUUCAGCGAGCAAAACCGUCUAGAGCCCAUGGCAGCUGAAACCAAAGCUAAGUGGAGGAAAGAAAUCGAUUGGCUCUUAUCAGUGGCUGAUCACAUUGUUGAAUUUGUUCCUUCUCAACAGAAAUCUAAGGAUGGCAGCAAUAUGGAGAUCAUGGUGACGCGACAAAGAACUGAUCUUCACAUGAAUAUCCCUGCGUUGCGCAAACUUGAUGCAAUGCUUCUUGAUUGUUUAGACAAUUUCAAGGACAAAAAUGAGUUCAAUUAUGUAUCAAGAGAUGCCCCAGACUCAGAAAAAGGCGGCAACAAAAGAAAAGAUGAUAAAUGGUGGCUGCCUACGGUUAAGGUUCCCGAGGGAGGUCUAUCUGAAAUGACUAGAAAAUUUCUGCAGUUUCAAAAGGAUUGUGUAAACCAAGUGCUUAAGGCUGCCAUGGCCAUAAAUUCUCAAGUUCUAUCAGAAAUGGAGAUCCCUGAGAAUUACAUAGAAUCAUUGCCUAAGAAUGGGAGGGCAAGUCUUGGAGAUUCAAUUUAUAGAAGUAUUACGGUUGAAUUUUUCAAUCCCGAUCAAUUCCUCUCCACGAUGGACUUAUCAUCGGAACACAAAAUCCUAGACCUCAAGAAUAGAAUUGAGGCUUCCAUAGUGAUUUGGAAGAGGAAAAUGAACCAAAAAGAUGGAAAAUCAGCUUGGGGUUCAGCUGUGAGCUUGGAGAAGAGAGAACUCUUUGAAGAGAGAGCAGAGACAAUCUUAAUCAUCCUCAAACAAAGAUUCCCUGGAAUUCCUCAAUCUUCACUAGACAUUAGCAAAAUUCAAUACAACAAGGAUGUUGGGCAGGCAGUCCUGGAAAGUUAUUCCAGAAUACUUGAAAGUUUGGCCUACACAGUCUUGUCUCGAAUCGAAGAUGUACUUUAUGCUGAUUAUGCCACUAAAAAUCCAACAGAAGCAAAUGAUACAAGAAAUCCUUUAAUAGAUAAUGAAUUGACAGGAACAGAAUGUUUAAUAGAACACAACACUUCAGAUUCAAAGAUACAAACACUGUUAGAUUUUAUGGGUUGGGAUGUGGAUCAAGGUGAGAAUGAAGAAAGGAAGGACCCAGAAAAUCAAUCAGAUGAACCUGCCAAAGAAGGUGAAGGAAAAUUUACACACAAACUUACAACAAUAGUGACUCAGAAGAGGAUUUCUUACCUUGAAAGCUUAAGUGGUCUAAGAAGUCCGACGGCACGCCAUUGAGUAAUAAUCAUAGGGGGAGAAUGUAAACCAUCAAAGAAAGAAAAACUGAAACCAGAAAGAGAGAUAAGUGAUGUAAAAGGAAACACAAGAAAGAGUGAGAAAGCCUAACCUUCAAAUGUAAACCUCAGGACU